UUGGGGUUAUAAAAGAAACGCAGAGAACUCGGAUCCAAAAACAAGGCUCAAUUCUUGAAUUUUGAAGAUGAUGAUGAUACUCAGCCGCAUCACAAGAGGUAAGCUGUCUUGUUGUCUUCCCCUCAACAAUUUCGUGGCUCUGUAUCAUACGAGAGAAACAAUUCCGAAUGAGGCUGCCGCCCGGAAGGUAUUCGAUGAGAUGCUUCAGUCGCGUCCUCUGCCUCCUCUUGUGCGUUUUAAUCUGCUAUUGGGUCGACUUGUCGAAUCUGGACUCUAUUCGGAAGUCAUCUCUUUUAAUAGGCAGAUGGUUCUGCACGGAAUUGGUCGGGAUCAAUAUACUCUGUCUACUCUCGUCAGCUCCUACUGUCAUCUGAAACAGUUGGGGUUUGGAUUAUCAGUUCUGGGAAAUUUAUUCAAAAUGGGUGGUCAAGCUGAUGGUAUCGCCUUCGACUCUCUUAUCCACGCCUUUGUUCACGAGAAGAGAGUGGCUGAGGCUGCAGAAGUUUUCAUCAAAUUGUUGAACCAUGGUCAUUGCAAGUCCAGUGAUGUUGCUUUCUGCACACUACUGAAGCACCUUGUGUACAUUGAUCGUCCAAAAAGCAUUACGCUGUGUGUACGUGCAGCAUCAGCUGAGCUGCAGGCGCUAGGUGCAAAGCCCAAAUCUUUGGAUAACGAUUACUUCGCCAACGAGGACCAUUGGAAGAUCCCUGAAUAUUUUCCUGCUUCUGCUAAUAGGGAACUCAGCAUCGCCUGCGAGCGAAUAUUAAGCGGUCAGAGUCGAAGCUCUUCCUCCACAACCCUCGAAAGUUCACCCACAACCCCCGAAAGUUCACGAGAUAGCUCUUCCUCCACAACCCCUGAAAGUUCACGAGAUAGCUCUUCCUCCACAACCCUCGAAAGUUCACGAGAUUCAAGCAAAAAAGGUAUACUAUACACCGAUUUAAUGGCUCUGAUGCCUACAAAAGAGAGAGAUUCUGUGGUUCUACUUGACAACAACAAUGAUAGACCCAUUGUAGCGGUACUAAAAAGAGUGCUACGCAACAUUCGAACUAAAGGUUCCAAGAUAUAAGUUGGACUUGGACUUAUCUAAAGAGGUGGAGCACUUCACAACAGCGAUAAGUGCUGAACUGCUUAUAUCCAUGGCUGCCAACUAAAUUAUAAUUGUUUUACUAAGUAGAUUGUAUUUUAGCUAUUUUCGUUCUUAUAUAAACUUGAGGUUGUUGUCUGUUUGAUGAAUAAACUUGGGUCAUGUGAUUUUCCAUUGUUAAAGAUUCAUGAUAAAGUUCAUUUGAACAUAUGUAAUAUGUCACUUUAUGUAUGAGAAGGAAAUGUGAAAG